GUGGCCCCAGUACUUUGGUGGCACUAGCCGAGCGAGCAAGUAGGAAGCUUCCGCAAGAAACACUUUCGCUUAAGUGGUCUCCCUUGCUUUUAAUCCGAGUUUCGUUACGCUCACACAUAUCAGCGCACCGGGCGGGAUAAUCUACUACGUUCUCCAGCGAUCUAGCUAAGGAGGCUGCGAUCUACCAUCGAGGCUAUGGCGAUACAGGGUCAAAUUUCGGACAUCGGAGUCGCGACGGUUUGCCUGCUCGGACUUCUUAUCGCUCACGGGAUGGCUUUGCCUGCUGGGACCGGCGAGGCACGGAACACACGCAACUCGACGACUGACCUCUUUGCAUAUCCUGCCGAACAGUCGGGCAUCGAAUCAAAACAAAAUGCUCGAAACCGUACUCCCAUCUACAUCCCUGGAGGAUGCGCAGAGGAUGAAAUUUUCUACCCAGGAGAUCACGAGAGCGAUUGGGUGUGUGAUUGCAAACCGACUUACAUUUACCAUCCGAGUUCGCAGCGUUGUUAUCAGCUGUACACGAAGGGAAACUGCGAAUCUGGCCAAAUGGUGUACAUCGAACCGAAUGGCAAAUAUCCACGAUGCGUACCCAACCGAUGCCCUGAUGGCCAGGUGAUGUUCCAGAAUCAGUGUGCCGUACUAAACCAGGAACACAGGCUGUGUGAUAUUGCCGGAAUCAAGCUGGUCGUAGGUAUCAAUGAGAGAACGCACGAGCUGGAGUGCGUCAACAUUUCGGACGUGAAUUUGAACAAGACCAUGCUAGCUACUCUGGAGAAAGUGAACAAAUUAGGUUCCAGCGCUGCUCCAACUAGUCAGCUAACGAAUAGUGCUCUUAAUUUCACGCCUUAAGUGCAUUCGUAGAGCAGGUACAAUAUUCAACUAUAUGAAACCGGAGCUAGAGCUCCAGGUAGAGACUAGACUUGUGUUAAAGAGAAAAGAAUGAAUCAACUAGCGUAAUAAGUAUAACGAAUAAAAACAUCUUAUCACAUACACGAUACGGGAAUACAUUU